UGCUCUCAGGCUGUGGCCCUCCACUCCUUCCUGGUUGCUCUCAGGCUGUGGCUGUGGGAGGAUCCAGGACUGUUGCCAGCUGGUGACAGAGCCGCUCCACUGACACAGCAGCAGCAACGAGACACGCAGGAAGAAAACUCCCAGUCGACAUGCCUCAGAUCUCAGACCUGGAGAAGGCCAUUGACACGCUGGUCACGCAGUUCCACGCUGCUUCAGCUGACAAUGGUCCAACACUGAAAACUGAUGAAUUCAAAGGUCUUUUGUCCUCCCAGAUGCCAAACCUGGUCAAGGGGAUUGGCACAGACCAGGGAAUGGGUGAGAUCAUGCGGAAGAUGGGUGUAGGUGAAGGAGAGGGCAUCUCUUUCAAGCAUUUCUGGAACUUAAUCCAGUCACUAGCCACCUCCCAGCAUGGCCUCCUCAGUGGCCCAAAGGGCACCUCAUGUAGCUGCAUCCUCCUGUGAAGAGCAGGCUCUCAGCACAACACAUCAGCAAGCUCUGAGUUUCCACCCUGGAAUUUAAUGAAUCACAGUAACAAUAGAUAAAUCACUUUAUUCAGGUGUCGGACAGAAUACAAAGGUGCAAAGUUUUUCUGCACACAGCAAGCUGUUCCCAACAUGUAGGACUGAAACGUUACAGGUUUUCAUGCUGUGGUGUCCAUCUGACUGGUUUCAACAUCAUGCUCCGACUAACAUACUGCCCAGCAUCCUUUGCAUCAGUUAAAAUACAAUUCAGGCUAGUUUACAUUUCUCAGAUUGUCCUGUGAUGCAGCUAAACUGAGACACAGUUUCGGUGUCAAACUGACCACAUGCCUUCAGUAUGCUUGAAAUAUACAAUGUCAUCCUUAUAAACGCACACACAUUCCCAACAUCAAUUCCAAGGUGCAUUCAAGGCCGCAUCGGUCCCAUUUGUGAAAAGUGAAGUUUCACCUGUCUCAGCCUCUAUACGCUCGCUUUCUCUCGAACUUUUUUUUUCUCUCUCUCUCUCUCUCUCUCUCUCUCUCUCUCUCAUUUUUGUCAGUGGGAAAAUUCAAUGAUACUCAAAUGUCGCUAUCAUUUAAUUUUAAUUCCUGCUUACAACAACAGUUCACCAAAGCAGAACAAGUCUGGUGGAGAGGAGGAUCACGAGGGAGGGUUGGCUGACCCCGGUUGAUCCACACUGAUAAAACCCAAGUGUCACUCUGUGGUUAUAAAUGGAUCGUAACACUUUACAUGUGGUCAAACUAGUUUGAAUUGGAUCCUUCAGACACUAUGUGACGAUCCAACAAUUACUUUGUUUGUCUGAUUUUGAAUUAACUGGUGCAAAUAGCUGCUGGACAUUAUCAAAGUCAGAGUCAUUAACAUUGUCACUUUCCAUUAUUUGUUAUAAUUUUAUCAUAUUUUUUGUUCAUGUUUGAUGUUGAUUAAUGAUGCCUUCAGAUCUCCCAUCACUAAAAACAGGAUGAAUGGCCCACCACUGUGGUAUUCAGAGCUUCAUCAGUAAAUCGUCCAACAGCUCAAAGCUCAAUAGAAGUUAUGACAGUUUUGAAAAUGGUGGAACAAGAGCAGGGUCUUAUGGUGUCCAUUUUUUCUCACUUGCUUAGCAGUGAUCAUCUCACUAGUUAACCACUUAAAUGCAAAGCAUAUAUUUUAUGUACAGUUAUAUAGUGUAAUCAACACGGCAAGUAUUUUGCAGGCACAUCAAUAUAUGGGCUGCAUCAUCUAACAGAGUUGAGGCCAGAUCAUUUGAAAUAUAGAGUAGGAAGUUUUGUAACAUUUAAAGAGAAUUUCUUUCUUCCUUUGUGACUCCAAGAUCAAUUAUUACUGCAAUUCCCAGUUCACAGUAUCUGUUAUGGCCUGAGGCCAUGGCAGUUUACACAGUAACUUUUCAUUGUAAAACCUUGUCUGAAUCUUUAAGUAUAUGAUACUACUCUUCUCUAUUUGACCUCAUAUGCAACAGAAACAUAACACAAAAUUAGAGAAAUUCUUUCUGAAUGUCAGCAUUAAAUCUGUUUAAUCUAGAGAAACAUCUCCGGCAGAAACUCUCUAAAUGUGAGCUUUAUAGUCCCUUUAUAAGUUUCUACUAGUAAUGCUUUAUCCUCUGUGAUUCUGCAUUUUCUAAGUAUUUAUAUUUUGUAAUUCUCUGUAUUCUGACCUUUGACACCAUAAGAAAAUUGUGUAAUAAACAUAUAAAGAAAUA